AAGCUCAGGGUGUGGUCGUGGAGAUAUCACCACCACAUUUAUUUACCUGUCCUGAGGGGUCAGGUGGAGACUGACUAACUGGUUACUGACUCCCGUUUGUCUCAUUUGUUCAUGCAGGUGGGUGCUGUGGAAAUACUCUGGCUGUGUGGUGUCAAAACGAUUAACUUAAUAGUGUUUGCUGCCAUUUAAGUGCACAUCACAACACAAACAUAUGAUGGAUGAACCCUUAUUUUGAAACAAACACUGUGUUUAGUCACAAAUAUUUCACUUGAAUGUGUAAUCAAUAAACUGUCAUACAGUGUGAAGUGUAUAGACGCAUGUAAGUGGUAAUAAUGGUAAAUGUAACUUUGUAUAUCUCAUAUACUGUAAUGCUAUAAUUUAAUCACGAUGGUUACGAUAUUUGUUAUGUUUCUUUUAGGGAUGGGAAUCUGUAUCGGCCCGAUAUUCGUCAAAAUCACUGGCUCUGAUAUCGCACGGAUAAAAAAACUAAAAAUAAAUAAGCUGCUUCAUAAAUGGUCUACAAUGACUUUAUCGAACUAAUAUCAGUAUCAGUAGAUACCUGAGUUUGUGAUAUCAGUAUCGUAUCGGACAGGAAACACAGUGGUAUCGUCCCAUCUCUCAUUUCUUUCAUUCUGCUUAGAGAAGUUUGUUACUUUUGACCUCAUGAUACGACACACGAUACCAAUAACAUCACGAUACCAAUAACAUCACGAUACAACCCUUCUGUAAUAAUCCAUAUAUUAAAAGACAACCAUAUAGCAAUACAUCGCGAUAUCUGUCUGACUGAGGAAAACAAAACGUUGGUGAAAGAAGCUAAAAGUGCAGGAUUUCUCGAUUUAUUCACGGUCUGUGUGUUGUUACCCCGCUGUAAACGCCCUCUUCUUCAUCCAGGUAACUUCCUCACCAGGUUUUCCCUCAUUUAUUUGAGCAGCGCCGCCGCCCGCCUGGCGUCUGUGGCAUGGACUGUUUACUUUAGAGCACCUUCAUUUAUUCAAUUAAAAUAUCGAUAUUUGCGCUGGUGUAUCGAUUAUCGCGUUGCACGAGGAGCGAUACAUCACCAAAUCGAUAUUUUGACCCACCCCUGUUACAGUGAGUGGAUUCAUGGCUGGGCAAUUAAUCAAUAACAAGAGAGAGAGAGAGAACUCAAAAAAGUCCUAUAAGUAUAUUGAUAUGCUGUAUAACACAUGUAAUAACUUUGUACUGUUUCAUGUUUGUUUUAAUUUACCUGUUUCUUCAAAUUGAAAAGUCCAUCUUUAACCAUCUUACAUGUCACAGGAUACUUAUUGAUAAUGAAUGAUUUGUUUGUUGAAUGAAAUGUUUAUCACCUUUUCUUUUGUUUGUUGCUAAAGGUCCAGUCCUAUGAAUGACCGCCAAAUAAUGCUGAACAGAAUGCUUUAAGAGUUUAAAUCAUGAUUUUUCCCAGAGUUUGAGCCUCUGCCAUUCGAGGGAAUCUUUGAUUUCCCUCCAUAUGACACCGUCUUCAGCUCCUGGCGAACUCCAGGUCCUGACUUCCACAUGCACGCAGAGUUGCCUCCCAUGAUGAACGUCCCCAGGAUGCAGGUGUUCUGUGAUGAAUCCCGCUUCUCGGUGCUGGUUGAUAAGAGAAUCAAUGGAGCUGUGCUGACUGCAGAGGAGCUGCAGCUGGGGAACGGCUGCUCCAGCAACGGAGAGCGACCGAACCAGGUCGUCUUCACUUACAGUGUCGAUGAGUGUGGAACUACACAGAAGAUGCAGAAUGGCUUGGUGAUGUUCACCAACUCUGUCCACUUGACUGUGAAAGAACCUCUGGCUGCCCGGAGACAAACUCCUUCCACAGUACAUGUCUCCUGCAUCCCAGAGAGGUCUCUUUUCAAGGCCGUGUCUUCUGAGAGUGACAAGACCUUUGAUAUUAAAGCCAUGAACUCAUCCUGGACGAGUGCUGCCGAGUCUAACGUCUAUAAGAGAGGCCAGGUUGUCAACGUCCAGGUUUCUGCUAACCCUGGAGCUGGUGAGCAGCUUUUCAUCCAGUCCUGCUUCGUCUCUGCGUCCCCGGAUCCUCGAGAUAAACCCCGGCAUGCGGUCAUUAUGAACAAAGGGUGCACAGCCCCGCUGGGUUCUCCUCAUCCUGUUGCACAGUUUCUCUCCUCCAGCAGAAGAGAUGUGGUCAACUUAGCUCUGAACACAACUUAUCUAAUGGCGGAGAUCUACAUCCACUGUACUGCGAUCAUCUCAGACCAGGGUGUCACGACUGGCUCCAAAUCCUGCAACUACAACUUGAUGAAGUCCAGAUGGGAAGACCUGAGUGGAGAUGUUACGGUGUGUAAAUGCUGUAGCUCAAAGUGUAAAAGCAGACCCCAUCAGGAAGGCUUCAGAGCCACAGUCAGCACAGGCCCGUUUGUCACCGUGGACGACAACAUGAAGACGAGCUCCACGCCUGACGCCUCUGAACAUCAGCGGCCUCCACCUGCUGCUGUUGGCGACUCGAUGCAGUCUGACGCCACGGCGACGGACACGAUCGUUUCUGGAGCUUCACUUUCAAGAAGUAAACUCUCCUCGCCCCUGCAGGGCGUCGUGGUCGUGAGUCAGGAGCCGGUUUCCAGGCUGAUCCUCUGGCUUCCCGGGCAGGUGCAGGACGGUGAGCGCCAUAACGACGAAGGCUCCGAGGCUGAGGGUCUGACAGCAGACUCGAAGGAACGUAGUGUAGCUUUAAAUGAGCUCCCUGAGCCACGACCUUCAUCCUGCCUCAAUCCACCCUCACAUGGUCAAGAUGGUCAAAGAGACUCAGAGUCUCUGAGACGGAACAGGUUUGGACGGUCUGGAGUGUUGGACACAGACGUCCCUCAAGUCAACAUCCUUCUACCGGUUGAGAUGAUGCUGAAUGACCUCAAUUUUGACCUUAACCUAAAGGAAGAGGAGCUGACUGGGAUGCAGGCAGAUGCAGCCGAGAAGUCCCGAGAUCAACCGGCUGAUGUUGAACCAAUAAUUCGCUCUAAACUCCAGUUCUCCAAAGGUGCAGAUGGAACACAGACGUUGAGUUAUGAGGAGGAGGAAGUGAUGAAGAAGCCAGAGGUCAUGAGACGAGGGAUGGGUUUGAGAGAAGGGAAACCGGAGCACGGUCGGAAAGGACUGCGCUCAACUUUCCUGGAUUUCUUGAGGAGGAUGGACAAGGCUGAAUAACGGCAGUUUCAAGAGACUUUUAUAAAAACUUAAAUUGAAUAAAGGUACUGAUUAAAAA